GUCGGUUCGGCGUUCAGUUCAGUCCACGAUCGUCGCUCGGCGAUUGCAGAACGUCGAACGCAGCACUCAGCCCGUCGAAGCUACGAGAGUACGUUCCGUUCCUAAAACGUUGAAAACGUGUUUUCGGCCCGAUUGCUAUCUCGAUCUCGGGCCGCCAGCUCGUUGCUUCUUUUGUGCUUCGAAUUAUCCCGAAAGUGCUAAUCGUUGGUAAUCUUCGUGUUAUUUCUGGUGUUUUAGUUUUUCUGUUUGUUUUUAUUUUGUGUUACUCGACAAGUGCGUGUUAUGGUUGCGUUGUUUGAAAAUGGAUUACGAGGAUUUUUCUUGAGAAGAAACGGUCCGGAUUAUUGGACGAAGAUGGCACGCAUAACGCAAGACGAAGAGGAUCGGGAUAGUCGAUGAGCCGAUAUAAUUGCCGUUACACUCGUUGUCACAAUAGUUGACACGAACCGGGUGCUCGUCGUUCCAAUCUAGUCAUCGAAUCCCUGAUAUUUUCGUUCGGAACGUGCGCGCUGCGGCCAGCGCUCCAGCCGUCAAACUGGCAGCCAGCGCUCUCGCCUCCAUGAAUCCUCACUAUCAUCCAUACGGGGGACCGGAGCUCACCUCUCCGCACCCCCCGUCGCCGGACAACAACAACUAUCACGGCCAUCCGGGCGCGGGCGGACCGCCGCCCCACGCGAGGAUGCACGCCACCAACGGCCAUCCCAUUGGAACCUUGGGACACGGAGGCGGUCCACACGAUCAGCACCAGCACCACGCGCACCACCAACACCCGGCGUUUACCAACGCCGGUCCCCCCUCGGACGGUCCUCACUUGUCCCAUCACAACCCCUCCAUAACGAACAACAAUAACAACAACAAUAACAACACAGUGAAAGUUUGCGCGGGUUGCGGUGGUAAAAUCGUCGAACGGUUUCUGUUGCACGCCUUGGACCGCUAUUGGCACAACAGUUGUCUCAAGUGUUCGUGUUGUGCCGCGAUGUUAGCCGAUUUGGGCACCUCGUGUUUUACGAAAGGGGGUAUGAUACUGUGCAAGCAGGAUUAUAUGAGGUUGUUCGGCAACACGGGCGCCUGCUCGGCGUGCGGGCAGUCAAUUCCGGCCAACGAAUUGGUGAUGCGUUCGGGCGGUCCGUCCCUGCAGCAGCCCCCGCACGUGUUCCACCUCAAAUGCUUCAUGUGCAGCAAAUGCCUGAGCCCCCUGGUGCCCGGAGACAGGUAUUACAUGCUCUCAGGUAGUCUGGUUUGUGAACAAGACUGGCACAAACUGCUCAAAAGUACAGCCGCCGCGACGCCUACAGUACGUAAAGGAAAGGUGGGAAGACCGCGUCGUAGUCGUGAUUGAAAUGACGCCUUGGUUGAUGCUGUUGAACCGUUGUAGCCGGGCAAAACAGGGGCGUGCAAUAUUUUUUCGAAAAAAGAAGCAUUUCCUUGAACUAUCCGAACUUUUGGUUCAGACACUCAUACACACACACCUCUCGCUUCCUCGUUUCGUGUAUUAUUUUCCGUUUCGAAAGCGAACGUAAUUUUCCGGAAAAAAACUGAGACAAACCGAUCGCUCGAAGAGGGAGUUCUCGCAUAACUAGCUCAAAAGAAACGUAAAAAGUUUGUAUAGAUUGUACAAAGUUACUUUAAUUUGGAUUGUAUAAAUAUUUGUUCGAAGACGAUUUGUGAAUUAAAAAAAAUGACGAAGAAAAAUUUUACUGAUCGCUAGUUUCAUUUUGGUAUGUUGUUGUUAUUUUUGUAAAUAAUAAAGUAUUGUUAAUU